UUGCUUGACCACACUGCUGGUAAGGCCAUGAAAAAUGGGUGUGACAUGGACCCCUGUCCUCUUGCUUUCUCUCUGCCUGUCUGGUCUAGGUGUUGCCGAUCCCGUGGGUAAGGAGUUUGCUUUGGUCUUCAUGGAAAACUCCCUCCCUAACGUCUCUAUGCCCCACCUUAAAGUCUUCCUAAGUGGCUUCUUCUCUGGAACCGAAGUCCAAGUCCGGCUUCCCAACGGCAGUUUUGAGAAAGUCAUCUCUCUAAGCCCCGGUUCCAUGGAGAAGGUGGAACUACCGGCGGAACUGGAGAUACUUCAAUGUUCUAGAUCAAACAUGACCAUCCGGAUCUCCUCCAACAAGGACAUUUCCGUGUCGGCAGCCAACGAGAAGCCCUCUUCCACCGGUGUUUUCCUUGUUUACCCGGUUACGGACUGGGGAACUGAAUACUACAUAGUCACGCCUGACCGUGGCCCCGCCAACACAUUUGCCCAGAUAGCCAUAGUAAACGGGCCCCUUAUGAACCCCAUAGAGGUUGACCUUGAGGGAUACGUGCAGUUCGAGGGUAGGAUCUACAGUCCUGGAGAGCAACUUCGUAUUACACUUGGCCCGUGGGAAUCGGUGAUGCUUCAAAGCAACGGGAGUCUAACGGGGACACAUUUAAAGGCGCAGGAACCCGUCGGAGUCUUCUCAGGUCACAGUUGUGCUCAAAGGUCGACCCGGUGCAACCAAGUCUGCUUACAGCUCCCUCCGGUGGCUUCAUGGGGGUUCCAUUUUGUGGUUCCGACGCUUAAAUUUCACGGGAACUCCGACACCCUCUACGUCACGGCGGCCUCCCCGACUGUUCUAGAUAUAAGGAAUGGCAGCUCGCUCCUCACGAAGAACCUGCUUCCCGGGUACAUCCAAGAGCUUGCAGUCGACUCUUUUGUGUUGAUGGACAUAUCUAGCUCUGCUCCGGUUAUGGUUCUACUGUAUGGAUACGCCCCGAGAAGCUUGCACGUGUUUCUGGUCAAUGUCUUGUCUACAGAGGAUAUCUGUACCGCCUACUACCUGUUCCUAAUGCCUGGUUACAAUAGCACCGCCCUGGUGGUAGUGCAUAACGACAGCACGACGGAGUUACAGUAUAAUAACGAGGAGCUGCCGUAUAUCGACUGGCGCAGCGUCAAUGGCACCGACGUGCUCUGGGGCCCCAUGUUUCUCGGUACAAACGGGCCCAAUAUCAUCUCUCAUCCUGACGAGGCUUUUGCCGUGUACAGUUUUGGGAGGAACGGAAUGAAUAUGUAUACGGCAGCAGGAGUCUGUCUGGAACAAGUGCUACAGUCAUGCAAGGAUCAGGGCUGUGAGGGGGCCCUAUGCCCACUAGUGGAACAGCCCACGUGUUACACUGACUAUCAGACCUGCAUGGCCUGGGGCAGUACAUAUUAUCGCACAUUUGGCGGCCGUCAUACCUUCCAGCCUGCCCAAGACUGCGCGACUUUGCUUAUUGCCUACCCUGGGGUAAUGGGAGAAGAUUGGCCCUUUAGCGUGGAAAGGUCCCCUGAAGAAGAGUUCUCUUUGACAUUCAGAACUUACGGAGACACCGUGGAGGUGACAGAGGACAUGUCUGGCAGAAUUAAGCUGAAUGGGGAACUUAUUUACUUGCCGGCAACCUUGUUUGACGGGAGGCUAACCAUCAAACAGUGGGGAUUGUCCACUGAGGUAUCGUAUUCGUUUGGGCUCCGGGUGACCAUAGGCGUGCGUGGGCUUCUUCAUCUCCAGCUCCACAACCGCUAUUCUACCCAAGUAUUUGGCGCCUGUGCCGACGCCGGAUCCCAGGGGCCGUUAAACGCCUAUAGCUGGAUCUCCAGCGCCAAUGGAGAACUCUGUGACCCCGCCAGUCCCGUUACAGCGAGGGAUUGUGGGAGAAUGAACUCCUCCGUCGCUCAGAACUGUUCCUUGAUGGCGGAUCAUGCAAUAUUUCAGGCUUGCCAUAAACAAAUCUGCCCCAAACCCUUUAUAGACAGCUGUCUCCAUGCCUUAUGUACGGAGACCUGCUCAGCGCUGGAGGCUUACGCUCUUGCCUGUGCCAUGGAAGGGGUUAAUUUGACAACAUGGCGGACCAUCGCUAAAUGUGACUUGCAAUGCCCACCCCAGAGUCACUAUGAAACCUGCCCUUCCGCUCCCCCCCGCGCCUGUCUGGUAUCUGAGGGGUAUUUCUACUCUCCGUGCGACGGCAAUAAUUGCAUUGAGACCUGUGUCUGUGAGGAGGGGCUUCAGCUCAGUAUGGGGGCGUGUGUUCCAUCCAACCAAUGUGGCUGCAGCUGGAAGGGCGGUUAUUACCCUAAUGGGGCAGAAUUCCUCAGCAGUGGUUGCAGUAUGAAGUGCCGGUGCCAAGGAUCAGAAGUGGAAUGUCAACCUACUCAAGGAUGUGGCGUUGGCCAACGCUGUGACCUUGGCUCUGGCUCCUGGUCGUGUAACCCUUAUACGUAUCUAUCCUGCUCUGUGCUUGGAGACCUCAAUUACACCGCGUUCGAUGGGCAGCAGUACAAAUUCCAAGGGUCUUGCUUGGCGAAAAUGGCAGGACUUUGCUCCUCGCUGCCUGGGCUGGAGUACUUUGAGCUGUAUUUGGAGAAGGAGGGAAAGUCCAACUUCACCACCGCAGUCAUUCUUAAAAUCUUUAGGACAACUGUGACCAUAAGCCAGGAUAAUGAUCAUGUUGAGGUGAAUGGAGACUCGGUAAGACUUCCCUUUGUGUUACAUGAUAGACGGCUGCAAGUGUUCCGGAGCGGCCUGAAUGCCAUCGUCCUACAGAUCGACUUUGGACUGGUAGUUUCAUUUGACAGUAGCAACGGCUUCCUGUUGGUGAGAGUGCCCGACUCCUACACCAACGCAGUGUGCGGGGCAUGUGCGGCCCCCUCAGACAUUGUUCCUGGGGUUCAGGCUUGUGGUGCUUCCUGCACAGGAGACUGUAUAGAAUGUGGUGCCGCGGAGAAGGAAUCCUACCGGUCGUUUAACAACUGUGGGAUAAUAACCGAUUUGCAGGGACCUUUCCGCGACUGUCGUACACGAGUAAACACUGAAAGCUACUUCCAAAACUGUCUCGGGAAUAUGUGCCGGCACAACGGUAGCCAAGUCGCCCUAUGCCAGUCGCUUGGCGGGUUUGUGGCAGCGUGCCAAGAAGCAGGGGGAACGGUCUACUCAUGGAGAACUGAAGAGCUUUGUAAACCAUCCUGCCCCGCCAAUGCUCAAUAUGAGCUGUGUGUGUCCAGCUGCCCCGAUACCUGUAAUGGCUCCCUCCCACUCCCUUGCCCUCUGCCCUGUAAGGAAGGCUGCCCUUGCAACCCAGGCUACACGCAGAGUGGGGACAUGUGUGCCCUCCCAGAAGACUGUGGUUGUCUCUUUCAUGGCCAGUACUUGAAGCCAGGGGAGGCCACGCUUACGGACGGCUGCUCCCAGGAAUGCGUUUGCCAAAAUGGCGCCACCGCAUGUAAAGAUUACGCUUGCGAUCCUGGGCAAAUGUGCCUCGUGCAUCAAGGUGUUCGCGGCUGUUCCGCCCCAAAGUCCCCUAUCUGCUGGGUGUCUAACAAUCUCCAUUAUCGUUCUUUUGAUGGCACCACGUUCAAUGGGAAUGUCAACUGCUCGUACGUCAUGGCCAAGGUUUGCAAGAUGGAUAACCUGACGACCGAAUUCGAGCUCCACGUAACGGGAGAUCUGGAUGAGAACUCUGGGAUGUACCAACUAAAGGAGGUUCUGCUGAACGUCUAUGGGUACACGCUAAGCUUAUCCACCGAGACCCAAGGGAUACUGGUCAAUGGCACUGCCCAAUACAACCCCAUUGAUUUAGAGAACGGUAAAAUCUCGGCCAUCAGUCAUAUCUCUUCGAUCCUCGUCAGUACAGACUUCGGCCUUUCCGUGUCGCUCAGUUACUCGCUACUUUCGAUUCAAAUCCCAUCAAAUUACUCUGGAAAAAUGUGUGGCCUUUGUGGAAACGCCAACCAAAAUGCCAAUGACGAUCAGAAUAUAAAUGCCACGUUGUCUAAAUGGCUCUCCCGCCCGGGACAAGGAAUGUGUGAUUCGCCGGUUCAGGAUUUCAGCAACGAUUUUCCAAAUGAAACCGCCCAGUUCUCCAAUUCAUCACAGUACUGUGCGGUUCUCGUGGAUCCGGAAGGUCCAUUCAUGUCCUGUCUAGUAUCUGUUUCGCCAGUAAGCUUCUAUGAAGACUGCCUGAUGAAUUUUAAUAUGGGAGGUGGUUUUAAUAAGUAUAUCUGUUCUACCAUUGAAGGAUACGCGAGGACCUGCCAACUGGCUGGCUCUACUGUCUACCCAUGGAGAAAUGAGUCCUUCUGUCCUGCGGGGUGUCCAGCGAACAGUAAUUAUACAAUCUGUAAAGAUCCGUGCAGCCCAACUUGUAUUGAUCCUUUCAGAUACACGCCUUGCCAGAGUGUAUGCUCAGAGGGCUGUGAGUGUAACAGUGGGUUUUAUGAAGAUGGGGGUAGGUGUGUACCCACUGAAGCCUGUGGCUGCUACGUGCAGGGCUACUAUUAUCCGCAAGGAUAUGUGGGUAUUGACGAAGACUGCCAGCAGAAUUGUUCUUGCCCUCAGUUUAAUCAGUGGCAAUGUGAGCCCCUUUCCUGCCCAUCUGAGAGUAUCUGUGAGGUGCAGGAAGGAGUCCGCAACUGUUAUCCAAGAGAAAUGUUAAACCCAGCAGAUCAUACAGAGUGUAUCUUCAGCCCCGAGGCGCCGGCUUGCACAAACGUUAUCACUUGUGGCUUCUAUGGUUCUUCAAGAUAUGAGACAUUUGGGAGGACUCAAUGGAACCAGCCCUCGGGAGUAAAUGCGCUUUCUGUGGCCUACUCCUGUGACUCUGACCUUGUGUACAAUGUAACGGCCACGUCGGAGAGCUUGGGAAGUGUGGAAGAAGUGAUCAUAAACGUGUAUGGGAUUACUAUAGUCAUAGAUAGGAUACAGGAAAUCUGGGUAAAUGAAACUAAAAUAGAUGUUCCCACAGAACUAGUCCCUGGCAAAGUCUGGCUAAAGGCACAUUCUCAUGCGGUUUUGCUCAAAACGGACUUUGGGCUCACGGUCCUGUUUAAGGGUGGAGAAUACCUAUUCAUCAUGCUUCCAGCCGGUUAUUUGAACUCCACCUGCGGCCUCUGUGCGGGGGUAAAUAUGACCAUGGGUUUGGCUGCCACUCCUAGCGCCACGGUGGCGGCAGUGACCACUCCUGGUGCUGUGGCUACAGCGGCGGCCACUCCCAUGACUCCUGUGGCGGCGGCCACUCUCGUGACUCCUGUGGCUGCGGCCACUUCUAGUGCCAUAGUGGCGGUGGCCACUCCUAGUGAAGGUAACCAAUCAUUCAGUGACACAUUGAGCAGCUGGAACUGCAGUGACAGUGACCACCCCGGAGCCAGUCUCUGCAUGAUUUUGUUGGACAACGAUGGUCCUUUUGGUGCCUGCCACGAGGUGCUGGACCCAUACCUGUAUUACGAUGCUUGUCUGUCAAGUCAAUGUCAGAAGGGUGGAAACAUCGCUGGAGUUUGUCAGAGUCUUCAGAAUUAUACACUUUCAUGUCAACAACAGAAUCAAACGAUCGAGCCCUGGAGGAACGAUUCUUUUUGCCCCUUUGCCUGUCCAAUGAACAAGCAUUAUUCCAUUUGUGUUGAUCCAUGCGGAGAGACUUGUACAGCACCCAAUGGGACCUCCUCUUGCAACUUGACGUGCAUAGAGGGAUGUGAAUGCAAUGUUGGGUUAUAUAGGGAAGGUGAUAAGUGCAUUCCCAUCGAAGCUUGUGGUUGUAAUGCCAAUGGAACCUAUUUCAAGAAAGGCACUGAGGUUUUUGGAGAUAAUUGUCAUAGGAAAUGCUCCUGUCCUCGGUUUGAUCAAUGGCAGUGCGAGUCCUUUACCUGCCAGCCCAAUCAGAUCUGUGACAUGUGGGCGGGCAUUGAGAGAUGUUUCCAAAAAGACCUUUUGGCCGUUUUAAAAGCCUUAGAAUGUUUGUUAUUUCCAAAGGAACCAGGCUGCGCUAACUAUACAAACUGUGCUUUCAUCGGUAAAUUGGGUUACCUCUCUUUUUGGAAGAAAGUCAUAUUUGGUGGCCUGUCUACGUCGGAUUCCCUGUCUGUGGCCCAGUCCUGUGUUGAAGCUAAUGCAGGGAAUUCUACAAAUCCAUUCUAUGAUAUAUCCGUCAAGUUUGCCAAUGGCAGUGAGCAACAGAUUGAAAGUGUUCUGAUAAAUGUGUAUGACAUGGAUAUAGUCAUUGAGAAAAGUGAGCACUCGAAGAAAUUUAAGGUUUGGGCCAAUGGAAUUCAAGUAAAUUCUUCUUCAGCCUUAAUUCCUGGAAAAAUACGGCUAGAAUUAGAUAUUGUUGCUGUAAUUCUUGGAACCGACUUUGGCCUUUCAGUUGUGGUUAAUAGUCCAGGGUAUCUCUACAUUUUUCUUCCAACCAGUUAUUUGAACUCCACCUGUGGACUGUGUGCCGCGACAGUUGCACAAAAUACCUUUUCCAACACUUCGGUGGGUAACCAGACUUUAAAUGACAUUCCAGUCACUUGGAACUGCAAUAACACUGACCCAACAGGUUCUAGCCUCUGUAGGAUGCUGUUGGACGAAGAUGGCCCAUUUGGAGCUUGCCAUGACGUGCUGAGUCCGUCUACGUAUUUUAAUGUUUGUGUAGACUACCAGUGUGACAACAAGGAGGACAUAUCUGCAGUUUGUCAGAGUCUUCAGGAUUAUACGGAUUCAUGUCAAGCACAGAAUCAGACCAUCAAGCCUUGGCGGAAUGACAGUUUUUGCCCUUAUCAGUGUCCACCGAACAGCCAUUAUUCCGUGUGUGCUGAUCUCUGUGAACCAUCUUGUAUGGCACCCAAUGGAUCCCUGUCUUGUGACAUUAUCUGCAUGGAGGGCUGCGAAUGUGACCCUGGGUUCUAUAGACAAGGUGACCUGUGCACACCCCUCCAAAAGUGUGGUUGUAUUGACAAUGGCUCCUAUUAUCCACAAGGAUCAGUGUUGGUUGAAGCCUGCAGUCAAGUCUGUAACUGCACUCAGUAUCAGCAAUGGCAGUGCAAUCCCAUUUCAUGUCGGCCACAGCAGAUCUGCGAUGCACAGACAGGGGACCCUAACUGUUAUCCAACGGGUCCUACAACGUCUGAAGAAAACCUACAGUGUGUCUUCUAUCCAAACAGAUCAGCCUGUGCCCAGGACAUUCACUGUGCCUUCUCUGGCCGAAAUGGAUAUUUGACUUUUGGGAGAAAGUUUGGCUUUCAACAUCUCCCUUGGCCACAUGUUCUGCCCCUGGCCCACUCCUGCGACACUGAUAAUAUAGACAAUUCUAUAGAUUCAACUUACAAUGUAUCCGUCAAGGUUCUAGAUGGUUCAGAGAAGGUGAUGGAAACAGUCAUAAUAAAUGUCUAUGAAACGGAUAUUGUCAUGGAGCAAAAGGAGCAGCUACGUGUUUGGGCGAAUGGAACUCCAGUGGUCAUUCCUUCAGUUUUAAUUCCAGACAGAGUUUGGCUAAAGCAAAGUGAUCACUUUGUAAUCCUAACAACGGACUUUGGCCUCACCGUCCAGAACGACGGAAGAUACUUUCUAUACAUUGACCUUCCUCAGAGUUACCUAAACUCCACCUGUGGUGUGUGCGCAUCAACCGAAUCGCCAACGGAUACAACAAAUGGGUCAUGGGGUGGUAACCAAGCUCUUAAUAACGCAACCAAUACAAUGCCCACUAAUGCUGUGCUAGGAGGUGGUACCCAAGCUGUAACCAGCACUCCAAGCUCUUGGCAUUGCAAUGAAACUGAUUCAAUGGGCGCCAUUUUGUGUGAGAUGCUGUUGGAGAUCAAUGGUCCAUUUGCAGCCUGCCAUGAGGUGCUAAGCCCUUCUCCAUAUUAUGACCUGUGUCUGUCGCAUCUGUGCCAAAAUGGCGUCUAUCUCCCAGCAGUUUGCCAGAGUCUCCAAAGUUAUACGUCUGCGUGUCAAGCACAAAAUCGGUCAAUUGAGCCUUGGAGAAAUGACCGCUUCUGCCCUUUUGUGUGUCCAGGUAACAGUCACUAUGAGAUCUGCGUUGACCCCUGUGAAGCAACUUGCAGUCAUCCUAACAGAACCUCCUGUGACUCGUUGUGUAUGGAGGGCUGUGAAUGCGACCAAGGGUUUUAUGCAGAAUAUAACCUGUGCCUACUCAUUGAAGACUGUGGUUGCUAUGUAAAUGGUUCCUAUUAUCCGCAAGGGUAUGAGAUUAUAACAGAAGGCUGUCAGUGGAAAUGUUCCUGCCCUCAGUAUAACGAAUGGACAUGUGAUCCUUUUUCCUGUCGAUCCAAUGAAACCUGCAAAUGGACAAACGGAGCCCGUAACUGUUAUCCCCAAGGCUUUUCUUGUCCGCCUGGAAAUGAAUACAGUGACUGCACUACAGUCUGCGACAGGACUUGUAAGAAUAACAGCUGUCUGCGUCCGUGCAUGGAGGGGUGUCAGUGCCCAAAUGGAUCCUACUGGGAUGGGAAUAGCUGUGUGACGGCGGAACAAUGCCUUGGAUCAGGCAACCAGGUACAGAGUUCACCUCAAGCAAUAGGGGUUCCUUGCGAAAUCUCUUCCCAGAAUUCCUCCCAACCACUUUGUCUUCAGUGCAUCGUAAGCUCCCAGAAUAUCAUCACUUGGAAUAGCACGGCAAGAAGUCUGGAGGCAGAUGUGCCGUACGAGAUCCUGCGAGUCUGUGAAGACUCAGACAAAUUGUGGCUGCGAGUUGUGCUCCAGACUCUAACAACUGGCCAAAUGCUUCAUGUGUUCUUUGGCCAAAGCUUCAUCACCGUGAGAUCCGACUUGGAAGUGCUGGUUAAUGGUGACACGGUGUUAACUCCACUUACCGAGUUCCCAGAUCUACAAGUCGACCAAUCGGAUAAUGCAGUGACCAUCAGCCUGCCCGGAGAUAUGGUGGCCACGUUCAGCUGGGAUGGACUAUUAACGAUCAUGGUGUCUAUGGACUUCUCCACCACUCUUUGUGGCGCCUGUGCCUAUGGGAAUAUGGCUCCUGGCAAUACGACUAACAACCUAUUGGACUGCUGCAAAGCAGAAGAUUUCGCUGAUUUGUGAUUAAAUCCCUAUUUACAC